AACUUACAGGCACUGGUGGCAGUCGCGUCCCUGAGGACCCCGCGGUACGUACAAUCGCCUACUCACUUACAUGCAGUGCUCACGAUCUAAAUGAUCGAUUUCCUUCUCACAUGCUUCAUUUUUCCACAGAUUCAUCACUCAAACCCCGUGUUUAGUUGCUCUGCUAUCUCCAAAACUUGUCGAACAAGGCUUGCUCUCAUUUGAAGAUGGAGAACCUACACGCACCGACCGUGCCUUCGGGGCCUACCAGCGAUGCGGCCACAAAUGGGAACACCACCCACUUGAGCUUCAACCAGCUUCAAUGCAAGAAGAACGACGUAGAGGCCCAGCUCCGGACUCUCGGAUCAGUUUUGGACUCACAUGGGGUUACUAUGGAGACGGCUCUGCUCACUAGGGACGGCUUUCCACGUUCAGAUAUUGAUGUAGCCCAAAUACGAACUACGAGAGCACAGAUCAUCCGACUGCGGAAUGAUUACAAGGAGAUCAUGAAAUCCAUUGAAAAGCACCUUCAUGAACAUUUCGCGAGCCUGAACGACGCACCGGCACCGGCGGCAGGUGAGAGCCUCCCCAGCGAGCCUCUUCCGGAUUCUAUACCCGAGCAACUGGACCCAACCUUCGCCCGAGUGAACACAGUGGCGCCCAACAGCCCUGCCGAAGCGGCGGGACUGAAACCCAAUGACGAGAUCCGCAGCUUCGGGUGGGUGAAGCGGUCAAACCAUGAUAACCUACGCAAGGUCGGGGAAGUAGUCCAGGCCAACGAAGGGAGUGAUAUUGUGAUCCGCGUGACGCGGUCGCUUGGGUCGGUGCAGACGAGUGAUCAGAGAUGGGAAGAGCUUCGUUUGACAUUGCGGCCUAAAAGAGAUUGGGGCGGUCGCGGGACCCUUGGGUGCCAUAUUAUCCCCAUCUAAGGUAGUUUGGACUGGUGUUCGGAAUGAGCGAUGCUGAGGAGAAGGAGAUACGAGAAGAGGACACAAUAACAUCGUACCUUAUUAUUAAAUUGAUCUCCGCGCAAGGUAAAACAACAGAUGCCGUCAGCCAUAAUUCUAGCAUGUGUGAGCUUGCCUCUCGCUUAGGCGCUUAUGAGUUUGUCAAUAAAAUCGGCUAUUAGGCGAGGUUUCGAGCUCGGAAGUAUUGAGACAAUAUCUUUGAGCGUUAUUGGUAGACAUACUAUAUACUUAUUGAGUGAUACGUUUUGAAUAUAUUGUCUUAUCUAAGUUAGAGUAUUCAGUGACUCGUGUUUUGCCUUAUUGUUAUAUAAGACCCUAGCUAUUAGACCUAAUUCCUUUACUUGUGGCACU